CACAUCGCAUAUUGUAAAUUUGUAACUGAUGAAAAUGGCGUCUGUUAACCUGUGAUUUGCACGGUUAUUGUUUUCGCGAAGAGAACAGACGUGUUUAUUUGUAUUACAUGAUAUUUUUUUUUAAAUGAUGGCCGGUAAAAUUUGGAAUUCUGAUUUAUGGAAAACAUGGGAGAAACAAGGAAGAGGCGAUUUCUUCAAGUUAAUCAAGCAUACAUUCAAGGAAGGCCAAACAUCAGAAUGGAAGCGAGGAUUGUACGAACUAAUUUCACAGGGCGUUCGAGGUGUCGUGAAGAAGGAAAAAGUAGUCGAGGCAUUGGCUGAAAUUACUACCAUCGACGGAGCAUUCCCAUCUGCAAUUGUAGAUAUUUUUACUUUGAUCGAUUCAGAAGCGCAGAAUGAGGAAAGAAACGUUUUUUAUUACAUCGUCAAGGAAUCAGAAAAGUUUUUAACAGAUCGAAUACUGAAAGAAAGAUUAGAAAUCGACACACUUCAGGAUGUUGGGACAUUAAAAAAUCUCAAUUUUCAGACUAAAUUCAUCAAAGUCAAGACGAAACUUUACUACAAACAACGUAAAUUUAAUCUUUUUCGUGAAGAAAGCGAAGGUUAUUCAAAAUUAAUUGUAGAAUUAAGUCAAGAGCGACCGGAAAGUGAAGUGGCGUCUACUUUAGAGAUUGUUAAAUCCCUUAUUGGAUAUUUUAAUCUCGAUCCAAAUCGAGUAUUAGAUAUUUUAUUGGAGACCUUUGAGAAACGGCCACAGGACGAUGGACUUUUUAUUCCAUUGAUACGCUCGUAUAUGAGCGAUCAACAAGUACUUUGUGAAGUAUUGGGUUUUAAAUAUCGUUGCACGGCAAAUUCGACUCCCUUUUCAUUACAAAGAGUCACGGCACUUAUGCUUCAGCAUGAAGUUAUUAAACUUGAUGAUAUUUGGCCGUGGCUCGUGCCCGAUGAUAAGACAAUUAUUCGCGAUUGUGAUAUUGCAAUGAAACAAGCGAAGGAAUAUGUUAGAAAAAUGAGCAUUAUCUCAACAAAGGACAAGGAGGAUGUUCCAGAAGAGAAGGACAAUUCUCAGGAUAAAUACUCAAACAAUCAGAAAUUUGGAUUAUGCGAAGCGCUUUUAGACAUUGGAGCUUGGGAAGUCGCUCAAAGUUUAUUCAACAGAUUACCAGAUUAUUCCUUCACCGAUCAGAAACCAAUUGCUCUUGCUUUCUGUAAAAUUAUUCAGUCGCUGAUUGAACCAAUUUAUCGCAAGUAUUGUGUGAUCUCACCGAAAUUACCAGGAAGGAAAAUUCCUCCACUGAAGAGUCAAUUGGCACCAAAGCCGAUGCAAUCGCUGAAUCAAAUUCAUGAUCAAUUAUUACCAAUGCUUGUGAUUCUUGGACCGAAUCUUCAUCACGAUCCGAUCCUUAUGUAUAAAAUAAUGCGAUUGUGUCAUUCGGCUAUAAAGCAAAUUUCAGUGGACUCGAAUCGACAGCCAGUUGACAAAACCAAUAAUCUUUAUUAUGACAUACUUACAAUUCUUGACGUUGCACUGCUGCCGUCUCUGUCGUUUAUGGACUGCAAUUGUUGCGUCGCGGAGGAAAUUUGGAAUAUUCUCAAACAUUAUCCAUAUCAAAAUCGUUAUUGUUUGUAUGCGCGGUGGAAAAAUGAGACUCCACUUCAGCAUCCGGCUCUACUGAAGAAGAGGGCCGACGCGCAAAAGAAAAUCAAAACAAUCAUGAAACGAGUCAGUAAGGAGACAAUAAAACCCGUUGGAAGAUCAAUUGGAAAACUCACACAUUCAUCGCCUGGUGUUUUGUUUGAUUAUGUCCUCAUUCAAAUUCAACUUUACGACAAUCUUAUUGGUCCAGUUGUCGAUUCCUUGAAAUAUUUGACAAACAUUUCUUACGAUGUAUUGGGAUAUUGUCUUGUCGAGGCAUUAGCUGGAGCCGAUCGCGACAGAUUUAAACAUGACGGUACCAGUAUUUCCCUCUGGCUUCAAUCUCUCGCCUCUUUUUGCGGCGCAAUCUUCAAAAAAUACAAUAUCGAAUUAUCCGGUCUCCUUCAGUACGUAGCUAAUCAGCUCAAAGCACAAAAAAGUCUUGAUUUAUUAAUUUUGAAGGAGAUUGUGCAAAAAAUGGCAGGAAUUGAAGCUGCUGAAGAAAUGACUCCCGAUCAAUUAGACGCAAUGGCUGGCGGUGAUCUUUUGAAAAAUGAGGCUGGUUACUUUAGUCAAGUUCGUAAUACGAAAAAAUCAUCACAAAGAUUGAAGGAGGCUCUCGGUGAACAGGAUUUGGCAGUGGCACUUUGUCUCUUAAUGGCGCAACAAAAACAUUGCGUUGUGUAUCGAGAAACCGAUAGAUCUCAUCUUAAACUUGUCGGCAAAUUGUACGAUCAGUGUCAGGAUACGUUGGUUCAAUUUGGAACAUUUUUGGGAUCGACGAUGACUGUCGAUGAAUACGUCGAAAAAUUGCCUUCAAUUCAUUCCAUGUUACAGGACCAUCAUAUACAUUCGGACGUUGCAUUUUUCCUCGCCAGGCCAAUGAACGCUCACGCUAUUAACAUCAAGUACGACUCGUUAAGAAAGGCAGAUCCAAAUUACAAGAAAAUGUCAACGGCUGUGAAGCAGGCGAAAUGGGCCGAAGCAGCGCAAACAACAAUGGCACCAGUUGCACUGUCGGUGCGACCGCUUCACCCACUCAAAGUCUGGGAAGAUAUAUCGCCACAAUUUUUAGUCACAUUCUGGUCAUUGCAAAUGUAUGAUUUGUAUGUGCCAGGCGACAGUUAUCAACGGGAAAUAAAUCGAUUGAAGCAACUUGCUGCUCAAGUCGCCGAUUCCAAGGAUAUUAAUGCUGGUAAAGGCAAAAAGGAGCAAGAAAAAUUCACAACAUUAAUUGAAAAACUUCAGGACGAGAAGAAAAAGCAAGAAGAACAUGUGGAAAAAGUGUUUGCCUAUUUAAGACAAGAGAAAGAUUCGUGGUUUUUAUCGAGAAGCGCCAAGUCCGCCAAGAAUGAGACGAUAACGCAAUUUUUGCAAUUGUGUCUCUUUCCACGAUGUACAUUCACAACAGUGGACGCAAUGUAUUGCGCUAAAUUUGUACAUACUAUUCAUUCGCUUAGGACCGCGAAUUUUUCCACCCUUCUCUGUUACGACCGAAUUUUCUGUGAUAUCACUUACUCAGUGACAUCGUGCACUGAAAAUGAAGCCAAUCGGUAUGGAAGAUUUUUGUGCGCCAUGUUAGACACUGUGAUGAGAUGGCAUUCAGAGAAGGCAAUAUUUGAUAAAGAAUGCAGCAAUUAUCCGGGAUUUGUGACGAAGUUUCGAGUUAGUAAUCAAUUUUCCGAAGCCAAUGAUAUGGUGGGCUUUGAAAAUUAUCGACACGUUUGUCACAAGUGGCAUUAUAAAAUUACAAAGGCGAUUGUUCUUUGCCUGGAUUCCAAGGAUUACGUACAAAUUAGAAAUUCAUUGAUAAUUUUGAUUAAGAUUUUACCGCACUUUCCUGUUUUGGCGAAACUUUCGCAAAUUCUCGAGAGAAAAGUCGAAAAAGUGCGCGAAGAGGAGCGUGGUCAGCGACAAGAUUUGCAUGUUUUGGCCACUUCAUACAGUGGACAACUAAAAGCAAAAACACCGAGUAUGAUACGCGAAUCAGAUUUUCAUCACGUUGGCGAUAAGGUGGCGAAAUCUCAAGAACAAUCGGCUCCAGAAACAGAAAAAGUGAGUAACGGUGUUUUACAAAAGGAAGUUUCAAACGGCGAAGCACGAGUCGAAAAGGAAAAUAAAGAGAUUCGUGAAAAGCGAAAUAUGAUUCAAAUUCACCAUGAGAGUUUGGAAAAGAUUCCAAAGGAAAGUUCAAAGAAAAAAGAGGAGAGUAAAGAUACUCAAGAGGCGAAGGAGGAAAGAAAGAUAAAGAAGGAAAAGGAGGAAAUCAAAGAGGAAGAACCGAUUGAGAAGAAGGAAAGAAAGCAUAAGUCUCAAGAUGAUUACUACAAUAGUAGUAUGGACAAUUUGGACCGAGACUUGUCGAGUGUUUCAAACAGUAGCGGAAGUUCCGGUCCAUCUCAGGAUGUAUCUGAAAAAGUUAUAAUGCCCGAACCAAAACGAAGAAAAGCCGAAAGUUCUGUUUUAAAGGAAACUAGACGAGCUGAAAUAUCAGUUGAGAAAAAGGAACGUUCCAGUAAAACCAAAAUUCGAGACGAACAAAAGGAAAUGCGUAGGGAAAAGAAAAUUGGCCGCAAGAGAGAUCGAGCUGAAGAUAUUGUUCCAGCCGAGCAAAAACGAAGAAAAGAUGACGAACGCGCAAAAACAACUCACCAAAAUGGAGAUAUUCCUGAGCAUCGAGAGAAACAUCAUUACAGCAAGGAAAAGUCGCCUUAUACUAAAGAAAGACACGAGCGAGAGGGACGAGAAACCAGAGAUAAACAUAGGAGAAAUUCAGAUCCAAAACGAAGAUGAUGCACAACAAUGGAUGACGUGUGACUUACAUUUUUUUUAAGCUACGUUUCAAUGUUGUAUGUAAUUUAAAUUAGAUUCGGAAACAAUAAAAAUUAGUGACAGAAUCGACUUAUUUGUAUAUUACGUCUUACGUUCAAUUUUUAUACAAUAAAUGUAUUUGUCGAAAA